CCCAUCAGCCCACGCAAACAGAUCCGUCCUGCUCGUUCCCCUCUCCUCCUCGCCGCAAAGCGCACACGCUGACUGGAUGAGCGGGGAGGGGUUCCGUCAGCUGAUGCGUGAGUCGGACCUCCGCCGUUAUCAGCAGCUCCGCUCCCAGACCUAUCAUGAGCGCGGCGCUGCUUGCCUCGCUGGUCGUGUGGGUGACUGCGAGCGGCGGCUCCUCCAGCAGCCUCCCCUCAUUCAUCCUGCCGUUCACCGACUGCGCACGGAGCCGGGGGAAGGACGGCUCCUACCGGGGGGCCGUCGACGUGACCGAGUCCGGCAGCCGGUGCAUGAACUGGACGGAGGUGGCCGGCUUCGGAGAGCGCUACCCGGGCAGAGGGAUAGGGGAGCACAACCACUGCCGCAACCCGGACGGCAGGAUCCGACCCUGGUGCUUCUUCAGGAACCACAAAGGCAGAGUCGACUGGGGCUACUGCGACUGUAAACAAGGCUCGGUGCGUCUGCAGGGAGGCCGCUCCAAGCUCGACGGCCGGGUGGAAGUGUACCUGGGAGGAGUUUGGGGGUCUGUGUGUGGCGACCACUGGGCGGACGAAGAUGCUGCAGUGGUCUGCAGACAGCUGGGCGAAGGGGUCUCUGGUCUUGCUCGUGCGGUUCCUUUGUUUGGCCCCCAAGCUGCCAAGCUUCACUGGUCGGCGGUCCAUUGCCAGGGAGAAGAGCCGGACCUACUCCAGUGUCCCAAAACUACCUGGAAGGGGGAGGAGUGUUCCCUGGCUGCAGCUGUUACCUGCACCCAACAGAGGGUGGUCGGGACCCUUCCUGUACGGCUGGUGGGAGGUCGGUCUGAGUCAGAGGGCAGGGUUGAGGUCUUCCAUGCGGGGCAGUGGGGCUCCAUAUGUGACGACCAAUGGGACCACAAUGAUGCAGAGGUGGUGUGUCGGCAGCUGGGGUUGAGUGGAGUUGCGAGGGCAUGGAGCCAAGCACAUUUUGGCAAAGGCACAGGCCGUGUCUGGUUGGACGAGGUGCGCUGCUCAGGCAAUGAGCUCACUUUGGAGCAGUGUCCAAAGAGCGCCUGGGGAGAACACAACUGUCUGCACUCUGAGGACGCAGGAGUGUCCUGCAGCGCUCUUACAGAGUACCGUGAUGAACAGCUACAACUCGAAACAACAAACGGUACCACCAGGCUGGUCGGGGGAGCAGGAAGCCACGAGGGACGUUUAGAAAUCUUCUACCGUGGCCAGUGGGGGACGGUGUGCGACGAUGGCUGGACGGCGUCAAACACCCAAGUCGCGUGUCGACAGCUUGGCUACAGGGUGGGCGAGACUCUCCAUGCGGAAGGACUUGACGCGAACCCAGUCCAGCGGUUUGGGGUGGGGUCAGGUCCUAUCCUUUUGGACGACGUGAGCUGCACAGGAAAAGAACCCAGUCUCUUGUUGUGCAACAGGAGGGAGUGGCUCCGCCAUGACUGCACGCACCUUGAAGAUGUUAACAUCGUCUGCAGCUCUGAGCGCAGUGCAGCCAGUCCACCAGCCAGUAUCCCUGUGCGGCUUGUGGGAGGGGAAAGCUCCCGGGAAGGUCGUGUUGAGCUCUUUCUGUCUGGCCAGUGGGGGACUGUCUGUGAUGAUGGAUGGACUGAUCAAGAUGCUGAGGUGGUGUGCAGGCAGCUGGGCUACAGCGGUGUUGCAAAGGCCCGCGUGAUGGCAUACUUUGGAGAAGGGACUGGCCCCAUCCACGUUGACAACGUGAAGUGUAACGGCGAGGAGCGUUCGUUGGCCGACUGCAUCAAGCAGAAGCCCGGCACGCACAACUGCCGCCACAGCGAGGACGCCGGGGUCAUCUGUGACUACGGAGAAUCGCAGCACAGCAACAGAGAGGUUAAAGAUCCUGUCAGCUCAAUUUGCGGUCUGCGCCUCGUGCACACUCGCCAGCGCCGGAUCAUAGGAGGAGCGAACUCUCUGAGGGGCGGCUGGCCGUGGCAGGCUGCCAUUCGUUUGCGAGGAUCUCGAGGAGACGGCAGGCUGGUUUGCGGUGGGACUCUCAUUGACACCUGCUGGGUCCUCACCUCAGCACACUGCUUCAAAAGGUAUGGGAACAGCACCAAGCAGUACAAAGUCAGACUGGGCGACUACCAUUCCCUUGUCCCAGAGGAGUAUGAAGAGGAGUACGGAGUUGAUCAAAUCAUCCUUCAUCCGAACUACCACUCCUACAGCAACGACUAUGACCUGGCCCUGGUCCGCCUGUCACCGGGGGCCAUGGGUCAGGCACCGGGAGAGUGCGUGUCGUUCAGCCGUCACGUCCUUCCCGCCUGCCUACCCAUGAGGAAAGAGAGAGUGCUUAAACAGGCCAGCAACUGCCACAUUACAGGAUGGGGGGACACAGGACGUUCCUACUCCAAGACUCUGCAGCAAGCCCCUCUUUCCCUCCUCCCCCGCCGUCAAUGCCAGCAGUAUUUCCACAGCGCCUUCACGAGCCGCAUGCUCUGCGCCGGGAGCGUCCAGUCCGAGAAGCGCGUGGACAGUUGCCGGGGUGACAGCGGAGGACCAUUGGUGUGCGAGCGUCCUGGAGGGGGCUGGGUGGUUUAUGGGGUCACGUCUUGGGGUCACGCCUGCAGGACACAACAGUCCCCCGGUGUUUACACCAAGGUCUCCGCCUUCAGCUCGUGGAUACGCAAAGUAACUGGACGCCUUGAGAAAACACGAUGAGGGUCCAGAAACGGAAAGGAGGUGACGUCUCAGGAUUCGAUCAGUCAGGUGACAAACAAGGCAGCAAUAAGUUUCCCUCACGACAAUCCGUUGUCAUGGUAAUACAUAUUGCCUAACGAAAAGGUGAAAAGAUGAUUUUCAGGUAAAAAAAAGUGUCAGAGCACAAUGCUGAAGUUUAUUCACCCUCGUGAAUACAACAUAAGUGAAAUAUCUCUGUGGUUGUGACAUGAUCCAUUGUUUAAAUUAUGUUUUGUGUGCAAGCAUUUAUUGUUACCUUAUAUUGUAUUGUUUUUUUAAAUGAAUGUGUAAUUUGUUUAAAAAAAGGACCAAACCUAGUGUGGAGUAAGUUUCAUACUUGCACUAAAAUCACGUAUUAUUCACAUAUUAUAUUUAUAUAUAUUUUUUUGUUUCAUUUAACUGUACAAUACUCAGUGAAAUUUGCUCCCAAGUCUCAUUUCAGUCCUGUUUAUUUUAAUUUAUGGAAUAAGCUUAUUUCAAGUCUUAACACUGCACAGGUCUUCAUCCAUUGUAUGCACUAAUACAUAGAGGUUGACUUUGUGUUGAGCAACGCUUACAGAGAAAGGCAAUGUGUCUUUGGCAAAGCACAAAACAGUAUUUCCAUGUGGCUGUUUGCUGCAGCCACACUUUGUGCAUGUGUUGUUAUUACAGUAUUGAACAUAAUUCUGAUACUAAAGAAAGACAUAAACCUAAAAAAAUGCAAUGUUUACUUUGUUUAAUGUUAUUAUUUCAAUGUAACAUUUUCCCAUAAAGGAAAAUUUUGUAAGGAG